AAAACCAUUAAAAACCAACCCAACCCAAACUCUCAAUUCUCCGACCAAAUUAUGGCCGGAGCAACACCCUCUGAUCACCUAUUCGACAUAUUCGAUACUCGAUCGCUCAUUCUCAAUCAACUAUCAAACAAUUGCAUCAUGGAAAGAGGCCCAAGAUACAAAGCUUAUGCCGAUCUCCGCGAAUCAAAACUACGACUAAAAUCGACAACAAACCCAUCUCCAUUACCUCCUAAAAUUUCAACCCCACCUCAGAAUCAAACUCAAAACAAGAUUCGGGCCAACGGGCGAAAAGGGUCCUCUGUUUUGGCCCAAUCUGUGCCCGAUUUCUCGUCUGCUUUAAGAAAAGAAAAUAGAAAGCCCCCGGUAUUGCCACCCGUGGCGGAGAAGUCUGCUACUCCACCGGCUAAGAAGUCUUCCAGAUUGUAUGAGAUUAAUGCGAGGUUAAUAGGUAGUAAGUCGUCGAAUUCGAAUGAGAAGAAAAGUGGUGGGAUGUUGACUGCAAGAAAAAGCUAUGCAAAUAUGGAUGAGUUGAAGAAGUUUUCAAUGACGGCUGCAAGUGCGAUUAAUGGUGAAAACAGGGGAAUGAGGGGUGUUGGAAACAGGGGAGGGGGGAGAACUACUGUUUUGGGGUGUAGACAAUAUUAAAUUCAUGAAAAAAGAAAAAAAAAUUGAUUUGUUUUUAGAGUUGAACAAAUGUUUUGGUUUUGUGUUUGAUUUUUUUAUUCUACAUUCUUUUAAAUAUAUAUUGUGGUAAGGCUUGUACUUAUUGUACAAUUGUAGAAAGUUUUUGAGUGAGUUUGCCUAUGUAACAUGCUAGUCAUAUAUUGAAAUAAGAUGUUUUUGGAAUAGAACAUCAUGGUUUGUGAUUA